UGAAAAAGGCUUGAUGCGGCGCAAACUGGAGAAUUUUUAAUUAUAUAUUAAUAAUUGCAUCAAGAAUUUUAUCGUCUUAUCCACCUAAGAUAAGGUAAGGGCGUAAGGUAACCCUACUGAAGUUAAGAAAAGUGAUUAUUUAUUAUGUUCAUAUAUAUUUCCUCCUAUAUCACAGCCAUGUUGAAGUAGUGUUGAUUUUAAUAAGUUUUCGUCAGUUUAUCGUUAUUAGAAAGUUAAAGUUCACAAGUAUAUGUGACAGACCCAAGUUUCGUUUGUGUUGUGAUUACAAAGUUAUAAGUCUUUACGAAAUGAAAAGUGUUUUAAAGUGCCACCGAUUCUGGCGUCGAGGCGUCAUCUUCAAGGAAUGGACUCUGAAGAUUCACAUGAUGCUACUGGAGAUGCACACUCUUCUUCAAGCAGUAGCAGUUCCAGUUCCAGAAGUCGUAGGAGUUCUUCAUCAGAUAGAAGUGAUGUUUCAAAGAAACAUCCUAAAUCUCCAUCACAAUUCUCUGGUUCACGAAGGCCCAAUGGGCCAAGAUCUCCUUCACAUGAAAGUCAGUCAUACCAAAGGUCACCAUACUUUAAUAAACGACCGAGUUCCCCAGAUAACUUGAGUGGGGCACACUCAGAUAUUAAUUCUCCUGAGAAUUCAAUGCCUGCAUCCCCACAAGGUCCUAAAUCACCUGAUGCUCCUAAGUCUCCUAGUGAUAUAGGAUCUAAUAUUGGUUCACCAGAGCAACCGGAACAGUAUUCUUCAGCUCCACAAUCUGGUGGUGAAGGUCCAAAGACACCAAGAUCUCCAAGUAGCUCUGCAAGGUCAGCCCCUGGCUCACAUGGAUCAAGAUCAAGGCCUGUCACUCCUGAUUCUCCAUCACCAAGAAAGAGCCCAAAAAGACGUUCUCCCACUUCAACUCCUUCACCAGACCGAAACUCUCCUCAAUCAUCUCCUGUUAGAUCACCAUCAAUGAAAAAAUCUGAUUGGAGUCCUAAAGAAAAAUGGAGAAGACAUACAAAAGCAGAACAAAAAAUGGUUACAAUGCCACGCCGUCGGAGUAGAUCAGAAUCUAGCCAGUCCAGUAGAAGUUCCUCAUAUAACAAGAGAACUAAUGUUAAAGAUCCAGCAACUGAAGAAAUCUCUGAAGGAGAAAUGGAAUCAGAUCAAGAGGAUCAAAAUCCACGCAGUAAAUCUGUGGCAAGUGAAAGAAAUGAUGGAAAAGAUAAUAACAUUAGUCAUGAGGAUCUAUCAGAUGUGUCAGAUUUGGAUUCUGUUGGACCGGAUGAUGCAGAUAAAGAAAUAAAGUCAAAAUCAUCACCUUCUUCACCUGAUAGAAAACUGGAUGUAAAUACUAAUGGCAAAAUAGGAACAAGUUCACAAUCCUCACCAAAGUCGGAUGAUGGGAAGACUGAUAUAACUAAAUUGGACAAAGUUCCACAAGAAAAAACAAGUAACACUGAGGAUGGUGAAGAACAGUUGGACUUUGAGGCUGAGGAAGGUGAAUGUAUAGAAUCAAAACCCAAAGAUCAAUCUAAUGGAGAUGUGGAGCAAGCUAAUGAAAAAGGCCCGCCCUCCUCCGACGACUCCUACAGCACCUCGAGCUCGCGUAGUUCGGGCUCGGCGGGCGCUCGCCGCAAGAGGAGGGCGUCGUCACCCUCUCGACAAAGACUGUCGCCGUCGGUGAUAGUGCGCGAGCGGCGGCUGGCCACGGCGCGCGCCACCGCCAUGAACCCGCCCGCGCCGCGCCGCCGCGCGCCCUCGCCCGCCGCCGCGCGCCAGCUCGCCGCCAACCCGCCGCCGCCCGCCUCGCACCGCCAUAAGGAGGAGAUUGAUCCGUAUGGUCGAAGCAAAGCGUCGAGUCGCAGCAGGAACAGGAAGAAAUAUUCACGGUCAUCAUCGUCUGGAUCUGAAUCGUCGUCGUCGUCGAGCGAGUCUGAGAGCGAGUCGCACUCGUCGUCGACGUCGGGCAGCUCUGGCGCGCGCCGCGCUCGCCACGCGCGCCUGCUCAACGCCGCCGCGCGCCCGCGAAUUAAUGCAAAAUCGAGUGCAGGUCUAGCUGCGGCAGUAUCUACAGCUGUCAGUAAAAAAGAAGUACCGACUGAAAAAGAUAUGAGUAGGAAACGUUCGGCGGUGUCGCCCGCCAACGACGUUCCAGCAAAGAAGUCAGUGUCGCGGCGCGAGGAGCUGCUCAAGCAGCUGAAGGCUGUCGAGGACGCCAUCGCAAGGAAGCGCUCCAAGAUAUAGGGACGUGUUAUUUAUAUAAACAACGCAUACAGGACUUGGCACAGGCGGCCGCACUGAUACCUGAUGAAGGCAAAGUAACAUCACUUGUAAACAAGACCUAAAUUUAAUACAGUCACAAGCUUUAAAAAUCACGUGGCUACAUAUUGGUCUUUUAUUGCCAGUGAUGUCGCUGUGGGUUUUCAUUGUCAACAAAUGUAUUAAACACAUCUUUUAUUCUCUUUGAAAAAACUAAGACCAAAUUUAAUACAAAUGUUACUGUUGUGGAUUUGCGGCAAAAGAAAGAUCAAGCUUGCUGUGUAGCUGUUUUAUUGCGUAACUUAUUUACGUAUAUCGCUGGUGUUGAAUUAAGCUAUUUUUCUAUUUAUAACUUGACUUGUAAAUUCCUUGAGAGUAUCUGAAUGUUAGACAAAGUUUGUUCAAUAUAUUUGAAAGGCAGGGAAAUAUUGGUAAUCAAUCAUCAAUAUUAACGAAUGAAUUGUACUAUAAUCAUCCUUCUUUAUGUUUUUAAAAAAAUAUUUUCAUUGCGACAGCAACGUUUAGAAAUGUUUGUUAAAAGCAGUGUGUAGUAAAUG